AUAAAGGAGAGGCAGAAGUGGAAGAAGGCAGAAGACUGGAAAGGAGAGUUCGAGGAAGCUGAGGAGCUGUAGUUCAGUGGRGCAGGCUGUUCCAGGUUAGCAGGUUGCUAUGGCAUCUGGACCGAAAAUGUCAGCCCCCAUUUGUCUGGUGGAAAAUAACAAUGAGCAGCUGAUGGUGAACCAGCAGGCUAUACAGAUUCUUGAGAAGAUUUCUCAGCCAGUCAUAGUGGUGGCCAUUGUUGGACUGUACCGUACGGGAAAAUCCUACUUGAUGAACCGUCUGGCAGGACAGAACUGUGGCUUUCCUUUGGGCUCCACAGUGCAAUCUGAAACCAAGGGCAUCUGGAUGUGGUGUGUGCCCCACCCCAACAAGCCAAACCACACCCUUGUCCUUCUGGACACUGAGGGCCUGGGCGAUGUGGAAAAGGGUGACCCUAAGAAUGACUCCUGGAUCUUUGCCCUGGCCGUGCUUCUCAGCAGCACCUUUGUCUACAACAGCAUGGGCACCAUCRAYCARCMKGCCCUGGACCAGCUGUAUUAUGUGACAGAGCUGACAGAAUUAAUCAGGUCAAAGUCCUCCUUAGAUCCUGAUGAAAUAGAAGAUUGCACAGAGUUUGUGAGUUUCUUUCCAGACUUUGUCUGGACUGUCCGGGAUUUCACCCUGCAGCUGAAGUUUAAUGGUGAGGACAUCACAGAAGACCAGUACCUGGAGAAUGCCUUGAAGCUGAUUAAAGGUACCAGAAAAAUAGUAGAGGAGAAGAAGAACUAUUUCUUGCUGAAGAAUGAGGAGACUUCUGAAAAAUACUGCCAGGCUGAACUGAAUCRGCUUUCAAAGACCCUAAUGGAAAGCAUUUCUGCAGGAACUUUCUCUGUUCCUGGAGGCCACAAGCUCUACAUGAAAGCAAGAGAAAAUGUUGAACAGAACUAUUUGCAAGUGCCCAGGAAAGGAGUCAAGCAACUGAAAAAGAAGCUGGAGGAGGAGAGAGAAGAGCUCCUGAAAAACCAGAACACCAUGUUGGAGCACCAGCUGAAGGUUCAAAAGGAUUUGCUUGAGGAAGGAUUCAAGAAGAAAUCUGAGGAAAUGAAUGCAACAAUUAAUCAACUGAGAAAUAUGAUUGAUAAUACAAAGGAGAGUAAAAUUCCCUGGAUUUUUCAAGUAUUGGAAUCAUUUGGCAAUGGUCUAAAUGCAUUAUUUUCUCUUGGUAGUUCUGUUGGUAAACUUGGGAAAGGACUUUACUCACUGUUUAGAAAGAAGUAAGGAAAAAUGUGGCUUGUGGUACAUGCUUUGGCCUAUUUUGGUGCUCAAGUUUUUUAUUUUAAUUCUGCAAAGUUUUAAACAUAAAAAGUGCUUGCUAGAAGAUAUCAGUGCAUGACCUGCCUUAGAGGGAACAAAUGCUUGGAAACAUUUACAGAUAAUGCUAGUUUUAGUAAACUCACAUUUGCAAUAGUUUACAUACAUAAGAGGUUCUUUAAUGCAUUGAUUUUAAUCAGAAAAGUUCGGAAACUAUGUAAAUGUCAUCUACAUAAAAUUGGUACUAUAAAUUUUCAUAUGUGUCAAUACUGGAAUAGCCAGGAAACAAAAUGCCUUGGAACUCUAGGUACCCUAAURCGAAGGAUCUUGAAGAUAAAUUGUUAUGUAAAAACAAAGUCCAAAAUAGUAUAUAUGGUUGACCAGUAUUAAAAGUGAAAUUAUCAUAUGCAAAUAUACAUUGUACAAAUAAAAUGUCUUCUGAAGUUUUAAUGAGAAACUAAUAUCAUUGGCUCCUUUUGGGGAGAAAUGUUUGGAAUCAGAGGUUCCAGGGACACAUACCAUUCAGUACCUACUCCAUCUUUGGAAGAUCAUAA